UUGGAAGCACAGCACAGACAGUGGUGUGUCAGUGUUGGAUGGGAUACAUUCUUCUCUCCUAAGUCUGUGGUGCUUUCAGGAUCUCUUCUAGUAGAACAUGUUAGAACUGCAUGGAGAGAAUUACACCAUCCAUCACUCUCUUUCUGUUCUAUAAAUCUGACUUGGAUCUAAAUCUAGAUAAUUACAAGAGCUUGAAUACAGCUUGCAAUUGAGGAAAGGAAUACAUUAUGUGUUUCAAACAAGGAGGAUCAUUAUCUCCGAUGGAAGUGACGAGUGUGAUUGAUUGAACAUAAUAACGAUGGCAGACAAGUGGUCCAUCUCCCACAGAAACCUGAGGAGCUCACCCUGCAAAUUUCCUAUGUCCCAGCUUCCAUUCCCCUAAGGAUACCCUGACCUUCACAUAUGCAGCCUGCAUGACAACCCCACACAGGGUAAAUUAAAAGGUUGCUACUCUCUGCCAAGGACAAUAGGCGAAGUCGUUGCUUUGGGAGAUUUGCCAUCAGCAGAAAUACACCCUUUUGUCAUAACAAAUGAUUUCGUGUUUGUGAAUUUAACGUCUCUAACGCCAGACCCCAUAAGGACCAAUUACUAGCCGAAGAGAGCAAGACCAAGAUGAAAGACUUGCUGUUUACAGUUUGCUUGCUGGCAGGACUUGCGCUGACAAACUCAGUUCAGACCUCCGAGUGGAGGGUUGUCUGCCUCAAGCUGUGCAAAUGUGAAGUCCGACCAUGGUUUUCUCCCUCAUCCAUGUAUAAUGAGGCUCCGACUGUGGACUGCAAUGAUCUAGGACUUCUGUCUCUGCCGGAGAGGUUGCCCUCAGACACGCAAGUACUUCUAUUACAGGCCAACAACAUUGCAAAGAUCGGCAGUCCCUUGGAUUACUUGGUAAACCUAACAGAAGUAGACCUAUCUCGAAACAAUAUAUCUUCGUUGAGCGACAUCUAUCUAGGUCACCUUCCACAACUUCUGUCUUUGCACCUAGAGGAGAACUGGCAAAACAGCCUUUUCGAUAAUUGCCUUGCACACUUUCCAAACCUUCAGGAGCUCUACAUUAACCAUAACCUGCUCUCCUUGAUCAGUGCAGAGGCUUUCAAAGGGCUUAACAAACUCCUGAGGCUCCACCUUAAUUCAAACCAACUGAGGGCCAUAAGAACAGAGUGGUUCCGUGAUCUUUCCCAGUUAGAAAUCUUGAUGAUAGGGGAGAAUCCAAUUGCCAGAAUUCAAGACUUGAAUUUCAAGCCCCUUAUCAGCCUCCGCAGUCUUGUGCUGACUAGAAUGAACCUCACGGAAAUCCCUGACAGUGCCCUCGUUGGCCUUGAUAAGCUGGAGAGCUUAUCGUUCUACGAUAACAUGUUCCCGAAAGUACCUCAAGCUGCUAUUAGACAAGUGCGGAACCUCAAGUUUCUGGAUCUUAACAAGAAUCCCAUUGAGAGGAUCCAAAGAGGGGACUUUGUGGACAUGAUCCAUCUAAAAGAACUAGGCAUUAACAGCAUGCCAGAUUUAGUUUCGAUUGACAGCUUUGCCGUACAUAACCUUCCAGAAUUGACCAAAAUUGAAGCGACAAACAAUCCCAGACUUUCCUACAUCCAUCCGAAUGCUUUCUCUAAACUUCCCAGACUUGAGUCCCUAAUGCUCAACAGCAAUGCACUCAGGGCCCUUCAUCGCAUCACGGUGGAGUCCCUGCCUAACCUGCAGCAAGUGAGCAUGCACUCCAACCCCAUUUACUGUGACUGUGUCAUCCGCUGGAUCAAUAUGAACAAGACCAAAGUCCGCUUCAUGGAGCCGGAUGCACUUUUUUGUUCAGGGCCAUUAGAGUUUCAAGGUCGUCUUGUCAGGCACAUACACUUCCGUGAGAUGGCGGAUAUCUGUCUGCCACUGAUUUCACCAGAGAGCCUUCCCAAUCAGGUCAACACGGAUAGCGGUCGUUUGGUAUCUAUGCACUGCAGGGCGUUUGCAGAUCCUGAGCCUGAAAUCUAUUGGGUCACACCCUCGGGAGAGAAGAUCUUACCACAAAUAGUUUCCAACAAGUUUUACCUGCACCCAGAAGGGACAUUUGACAUUUAUGACAUCUCAGAGGAGGAGGCUGGGCAGUAUACCUGUGUGGCUCAAAAUCUCAUUGGCUCAGACAUGAGGUCAGUCUUGGUCAUAGUAAAAGGGUACUAUCCGGUGCUAACAAAUGAACCUCUACAUGUACAAGUGAAAGGGACCGAGCCACAUUCUGUUAAGAUUUCUUGGGUACCACCCAAGGGAAGCCUUGUGUCAAAAAUUAAGUGGUCAACCAUGUCAAACCGUCCGUCCUUGCAGUUCACAGCCCAUGUGUUGUCUGAUGUAAAGACCUUCAACCUGACACAACUACAUCCACUGACGCAGUACGAGGUAUGUGUGGAAAUGACACACCUGAAAAGCAGACAUUUGAAGAAAUGCUUGAACGUCAGCACCACAGAUGACUCUGUUUCAAAAGGAAAAACUGACAAUAAAAUGUAUGUUUUAAUCACCAUCACAGCACUGCUUCUGAUUGUAUCUGCAGUGGCCUGUUCAUUCAUCUACAUGUCACGGAGGAGUGAUCACCUGUACAGGAAAUUAAGAUAUAAGCAGUCUGAGAUACUACCUUCUCACAUUAAGCCGAUGUGGGGGUCGAGAGUUAAAGCCAAUUAUUCAGCCAAUGAAACAGACUUGACAAAAGACUCCAUUUGAGAAUGCAAAAGUUUGUGUUGCAGUGGACACACGACUGUGACUAAUACCUCUUUCAAUCUGAUCCUGACUCACCCAGCUGGAUCAUUAUUAAAUGGAUUCAGUAUGGUUUGUGGUCCGAGACAUUUCCUGUUAAAUCUGACAUUGAUUGCCAAAAGCCACUAAUUGUUUAAAUGUCACACUUCACUGGGGAGCAUGAGGAGAAAUGCUAUUUCAUGCAGGAUCAAAGAACAGCACAUGAAAGUUUGUCCCUGACUGUUUACACAGAGUGCAAAGCCUCAGUGGCCAAGUCUUUUUUAUUGUGGGCUUGUAGCAACACUACUUGUGCUGUGUCAUAGGUAAAAUAAACAAUGUCAAGUUUUUGAUGGACUACGCUUUGUAGAAUAGAUCAUAAUAGUACACAUGUACAACACUUUGUGAUAAAACACAUUUAUACAGAAAAUGACAACUUGUUUUCAUUACAAGUGUUUAACACUUUACAAUGCCUUCAUUUGGCUAAUUACCCUGUCAGCUUAAUGUCUAAAUUAACAAGUGAGUAAUUUGUGUAAAAAGAAUAAAUAUACAGAGGAAAGAUGUCAAGAAAGCAGCUUGAUAUUCUGAAAAACAAUUAAUUAAUAGGAAAUAUUAAAACAAAAUCAAUUCAGGCACAGGUACUGUCUUCAGAAUUUGGGUAACAUAUCUGACUGUUUGAAAUUUUAGUGGAGCUUGAUAUAUAAUAUGUAUAAUGAAAGAACACAAUAGAAAACUUACUAUUAAAGUUGAACAGUUGUCAGUCAGUUAAACUUGGGGUGGGUAAAAAUAUUGAUUUCCAUUCAUUUGAACGAUGAGAGGAAAUCAAUUGCAAUUGCAUCCAAAUUUCACACUUUGCAACUAAAAAUGUAUAUAUUUGGCAACUGGCUGGUAAAUGUUUAGAUUACACUCACCACCGAAUGAAUUGUGUGGUAUUAUGGUGGAGUAUUCAGCAGCAAGAUCCUUUUUGUCAAUUAAUAAUGUCUCUCUUAAUACCAUUUCUGUUCUUUACAGUCAAUUGUUGAUCAAAAACAACAAGAAUUAAACAUAUAAUUCUAAUCAGGCAUAGCACGGAUGAAAUAAAGCCUCUUUCGUUAAUAUGCAAUUUAAAGACACUGUUUACAGAAAUACAGGGUUUCCUUAAAGAGACGGUACCGGUUUUUAGCACGUGUUCAAUAAAUCAAUUUAAAUACCUGUAAAUAGUACAAAUUAUGCAAUUAAACAAUAAACAUAUUCCAAAAUAUAAUAAAUGCAAUAUAAUAUCAUAUAUAU